AUGUUGUCCUUAUGUAUAUCUUUUUUAUUAGCAAAUGUUGAAGCAGGGAUGUACCGUCAGAAUCGCUGCUACAGCUGCAUGUCGCCAAUGUAUGAAGAAUUCUUCAAGAAUGGAUUAGACAGAUAUUUCACUCCGCCAAAGAAUUUCUCGUAUCAAUGUGACGAACCAAUGAAUCCUGAGUCUAUGCAUUUGGUAUCGUGCCGCACGAUAUGUUUGACGGUACAGCAGGAUCUCUACGUUAUGGGUCAGCCCACUGGUAAACGCUUAUUCAUGCGUGGAUGUGCAUUGACGUUGGCUAGGAGAGGUCUCAACAAUCAUACGCUCAGUAUGUUCGAUCGAUAUGAUAUAUGCAGAGAGAUGUCAGCGGCUGACUUAUUCAGACACGAUCGCGCUGAUUCGCAACGUGUGCGCGUCUGCAGUUGCCUCGGUGAUCGCUGUAAUGGCUCAUUAUCCGGCUGCCGAGCGCCAGACAUGGUGGUGCUACUUACUGUGAUCCUCGCAUGCCUAAUUGUACGGUAG